GAAACGGAAGCACAUCCCGGUCCACUUCCGCCACGAUCCCGGCUCCAGAAACACGAGUGUUUUUCAUUUCUGUUUCACGGGGCGCCCAGUUAAAACACGGACCUUAGUGGAAACACCCAGCACCAUCAAAAUGAAACCCAUCCUGCUCCAGGGCCAUGAGAGGUCAAUUACACAAAUCAAGUACAACAGGGAAGGAGAUCUGCUCUUCUCUGUAGCCAAAGACACUGUAGCUAACGUUUGGUACUCUGUCAACGGCGAGAGGCUUGGUACCUACAACGGACAUACAGGAGCCGUGUGGUGUGUAGACUGUGACUGGGACACCAAAAACGUUCUGACUGGAUCAGCAGACAACAGCUGUCGGCUGUGGGACUGUGAGACCGGUAAACAGCUAGCCUUGCUCAACACCAACUCUGCUGUAAGAACCUGCGGCUUUGACUUCAGCGGCAACAUCAUCAUGUUCUCUACAGACAAGCAGAUGGGCUACCAGUGUUUCCUGAACUUCUUUGACCUGAGGGAUCCUCAACAGAUCGAAGACAACCAGCCCUACUUGUCAGUACCUUGCAGUGAUUACAAGAUUACCAGUGCCGUGUGGGGACCUCUGGGGGAGUUUGUCAUUGCUGGCCACGAGAAUGGGGAGAUCAAUCAGUUCAGUGCCAAGUCUGGAGAUGUCCUGAAGAAGGCCAAGGAGCAUUCAAGGCAGAUCAACGACAUCCAGACAUCGGUGGAUCUCACCAUGUUCAUCAGUGCCUCAAAGGACAACACAGCCAAGCUAUUUGACUGCACUUCUUUGGAUCACAUCAAGACUUUUAAGACAGAGAGGCCUGUCAACUCUGCUGCUAUCUCCCCCAUCAUGGAUCAUGUGGUGAUGGGAGGUGGACAGGAAGCCAUGGAGGUCACAACUACCUCCACGAGGAUCGGCAAGUUUGAGGCCAGGUUUUUCCAUGCAGCGUAUGAAGAGGAGUUUGGCAGGGUCAAAGGUCAUUUUGGUCCCAUUAACUGUGUGGCAUUCCAUCCUGAUGGCAAAAGUUACAGCAGCGGAGGUGAAGAUGGAUAUGUGAGGAUACAUUACUUUGACCCCCAGUAUUUUGACUUCGAGCUUGAGGCCUAAAGUGAGGCUUCGACAGCUUCAACUGAGAUUGCAGCCAGGGAAGAUCCGACAAAGUGCAGAUGCAUUCCACUCACCAUCUCGCUUCUUUCUUUCAAUCUGAUGUAAUCUGAUUUUGAGAAAUUACUUCAAUAAAAAGAAAACUCAUUUUAGUGAUAA